GACCAGUCCGGGCGGGCGCAGUUAGGGCAGCUCGGUGUUGCCGGGGAGGGUCGAACCCGGAGUAGGGUCGGAGCUCGGAACCGGGACUGAGAGGGCGAGCGCGGGGCUCGGACGGGUGGACCGGCGUCAGGAUGUUCAGCUGGAUGGGACGGCAGGCAGGCGGGCGCGAGCGCGCGGGCGGCGCGGACGCCGUGCAGACGGUGACGGGCGGCCUGCGCUCGCUCUACCUGCGCAAGGUGCUGCCGCUGGAGGAGGCGUACCGCUUCCACGAGUUCCACUCGCCCGCGCUGGAGGACGCCGACUUUGAGAACAAGCCUAUGAUCCUGCUGGUGGGCCAGUACAGCACCGGCAAGACCACCUUCAUCAGAUACUUAUUGGAACAAGAUUUCCCAGGCAUGAGGAUUGGUCCAGAGCCCACCACUGACUCCUUCAUCGCCGUGAUGUAUGGGGAGACCGAGGGCAGCACUCCAGGGAACGCUUUAGUCGUGGACCCCAAAAAGCCAUUCCGAAAGCUUAGUCGCUUUGGAAAUGCUUUCCUCAAUCGAUUCAUGUGCUCCCAGCUGCCCAAUCAGGUCCUGAAGAGCAUCAGCAUCAUCGACAGCCCUGGCAUCUUGUCUGGGGAGAAGCAGCGCAUCAGCCGAGGGUAUGACUUCUGCCAGGUCCUGCAGUGGUUCGCAGAGCGGGUGGACAGGAUCAUCCUGCUCUUUGAUGCACACAAACUGGACAUCUCAGAUGAGUUCUCGGAGGCCAUCAAGGCCUUCCGGGGCCAGGACGACAAGAUCCGCGUAGUGCUGAACAAGGCCGACCAAGUGGACACACAACAGCUGAUGCGCGUCUAUGGGGCCCUCAUGUGGUCCCUGGGCAAGGUCAUCAACACGCCCGAGGUGCUGCGAGUCUAUAUUGGCUCCUUCUGGGCGCAGCCCCUGCAGAACACUGACAACCGCCGGCUCUUCGAGGCCGAGGCCCAGGACCUGUUCAGAGACAUCCAGAGCCUUCCGCAGAAGGCGGCGGUGCGCAAACUCAAUGACCUCAUCAAGCGAGCCAGGUUGGCCAAGGUACAUGCCUACAUCAUCAGCUAUCUGAAGAAGGAGAUGCCGAGUGUAUUUGGAAAGGAAAACAAGAAAAGAGAGCUGAUCAGCAGGUUGCCAGAGAUCUACAUUCAGCUGCAGCGAGAAUACCAGAUUUCUGCAGGGGACUUCCCCGAAGUCAAGGCAAUGCAGGAACAGCUUGAGAACUACGACUUCACCAAAUUCCACUCGCUGAAGCCCAAGCUGAUUGAGGCUGUGGACAACAUGCUGAGCAGCAAGAUCUCGUCCCUGAUGAGCCUCAUCAGCCAGGAGGAGAUGAGCAUGCCCACGCAGCUCGUGCAGGGCGGCGCUUUCGACGGCACGGCCGAGGGCCCCUUCAACCAGGGCUAUGGGGAGGGUGCCAAAGAGGGCGCCGACGAGGAGGAGUGGGUUGUGGCCAAAGACAAGCCUGUCUAUGACGAGCUCUUCUACACCCUGUCCCCUGUCAACGGCAAGAUAUCAGGCGUCAAUGCCAAGAAGGAGAUGGUGACCUCCAAGCUGCCCAACAGCGUCCUGGGCAAGAUCUGGAAGCUGGCCGACUGUGACUGCGACGGCAUGCUGGACGAGGAGGAGUUUGCACUGGCCAAGCACCUCAUCAAGAUCAAGCUCGACGGCUACGAGCUGCCCAACAGCCUGCCCCCCCACCUCGUGCCCCCCUCCCACAGGAAGUCCUUGCAGAAGGCUGAUUGAGAGGCGGGCCGCACAGAGGGCAGGUGGUGCGGGGGGGCCUGGGCCAGAGACCCACGCUGCCACUGACUCACUGAGUGACCCUGGGCAAGGCUCUGCCCUCUUGGUGUCUCUGCUUCCCCAUCUGUAGAAUGAGGGAGGGAAGUCACUGGACACAAGAUGAAGUCCUUUCACCUCUACAAUUCGCAAAGUUUCUAUUAAAAUACUGAGGGGAGAGGAUGGAUACAGAGAGUAAAGGGUUGAGAAGAAAGGGAAAUUGUCCAAGGAGUACUCAGAAGCCUGGAGAAGCCCAGAUGUGGAAUCCAGGAGCCACGGGGAGUAAGCUAGGGGCUCUGCUGGGCUUCCCUAGACUCUUCAUCCUUUGGAACCUGGCUGUCCCUCAGAGGGCACUGGGUGGGAGGGCCUGCAAAGACAAGCUUAUUUUGUUUAUUUUGUUUCCUGCUGUAUUUAGAGUAGAAAAAACAAAAAAAAACAAAAAAACAGCAGAAGGGGUUUCUGUUCUCCCCAAACUGUCUACCAAAGAAAAGAUUGCUGCCCCAGCUUUGAGAGGACACGCCACAUCCACAUGUCCCCAUCUUUUCUGCAGCCCUGCAGAAUAGUUGGGCAGGCCACAGAGAAGUCUAUCCCGGUGCCCGCUGGCUGGUCCUCCCAGAGCCCCUCCAGCCCUGGGGACUUCCCAGCAGAGUUGCAUUUGGUUAGGAAUUUGGAACUCAAAGCCUUAAUUAACCCGCGCAAGAUUUCUAGUAUUCAUUUCUAGUCACAUUGAAAUUUGAAGAUUAGCUUUACUGGUCUAUGCAGUCAUUUGUAGCAAAGUCUAUCAUACCUCAACUAGAGUAAGAAAAGAGGUGGUUCUCCCCAGUCCUCAGUUACUGUGGUUACAUGUCCCCAGGGCUCCUUGGUCAAUGGCCAGACUUAAAUUCAGCAAAAACACAGCUUGGUGUUUGCAGGGUCCUGGCCCUGUGAACACCAGGGGAUGAGGGGCCAGCCUGCACUGGCUGUCAGGUGGAAGAGGUCAGUCUACUAGGGUUAGACACUAUUUUCAUUUAAAAGGGGGGGGGCAUUCUUUAUUAUGUCCAUUUUUUUUUAAUAUCAUUUCUGUAUAGAGGACAAAGAAAGGCCUUUAUACAGAAACAAGAUGGAAUCUUCGAAAGGCUAUGUGGUUCACACCAGGAGCUAGGUUUGGGCACUUAACCUGUAUGUACGCUCCUGAGCAUCCUCUCCCCAGGUGCCCCAUGUAAACCUCUCUGGACCACUUGCUCAAAUACCUGUGUCCACUGGAACCCAACCUCCCAAUAUGUGGGCUCCCGCUGGGGGACACAGGGGCCUUUCACCAUUAUUUAUGAAGUGAGAGAGAUCUGAAAGAGUGAGGCUGUGCGUGGCCUGGGGUCUUGCCAGCACCAAAAAGUAAAUGAAAUCUGGACAGUUCCACCUCAGUCUUCCGAAAUCCAAUUUUUUUUCUUCUGGUGUCACCUGUGACAUCAGAGCCAGAAGUGCAGGUUUAAGAAAAGGUUCAUUUUAGAGGAGCAUUUAUCUGGAUGCCAGCCCUCACACUCCCUAGCUUUCUAAAUCGUUGUAAGCAAAGUCAAUACUUUAACCUGGUUUUCAAUCUUAAUGAGCACUUUUUAAUUAAUUAGACACGUAGGAAAGAGACAUUUAUAAUUCUAGUUCUGUAAUCUGAGCAGAUGGUUCUGUGAAGGCACAAGGACCACCAAGACGCGUUAGUGCCAUGGACGCGCUGAAGGGCAAGGUGGAGAAAGGGGCGUUCAUUUGUUCAAAGGUUGAGAUGCCAGGUUAGCAGACUUCCAUUCAGAACAAUCUAGCUUCUUUCUCAGUUGUCAUAUAUAAAGAUAAAUAUAUGCACAUGUUGCAUGUGUAUGUAUUUUUGACACUCGUUGAUGUGUGUCUUGAUAUAGCCAAGUCCCUAGGAACACAGAGGAAUAUGUUUUAGAGGAGCAGCAGAUGAGGUUUCUGGUUCUUCGUGGAUGGAAAUGCCUCCUAGCAUUGUGAGUGCCCUCAGAUGAGAGAGCAUCCAGCAGCUGAAUGCUUCCCCUGCUGAGAAAAAAAGGAAGAAAAAGGAAAUCACAUGUCCUGCUUUCUUACUAUCUUAAAACACGAAGUCAUCCAUCAUGAAAAAGUGGAUUGGAAAGAAAAACACUGGAAAACCUUAGGGAUGGUGGCCAAACGAGCACCCAUGUUUUCCCAGGACUGGCAUAGAGUUCCUUGAGUCUGUGUCCCAAACACCUGUCACCCCCUGGCCCCACACAGCAGGGCCAGGAGCCUGGGGCCCUCAGGAUCUGGGCGCCUUGCCCAACCGUGUUGCCUUCCUACACCGCCCCCUCCCCAGAGUGCUCAGAGAUGUGGGGGGUGGGAGUACGUAAACUCCAGAACUCUGAAACUGUCUCCAUGCUCUCUGUGCUUCCACAGAAGGAACCAAAGCAUCUGGAAUCUGUUUUCUGUGCAGCACGUGGUAUCACAGAACACAAACCUCUGCCAUCUUGAAUUUUGGACAAAGUGGACAUUCAAGUCAUGAGCCUAUCUGCACAGAAGCAUUGCACUGAGACCUGCCCAGCCCCCCAGCUCUGCGGCCUCACACAGAAGUCCAACCUGCUGGGCAUCUUAUGUGGAUUCUUUCCUCACCACGUGCUUAGAUGGCCCGGGGCAGGGCCGCUCCUCCUUGGAGACGGCCAUGCAAUCCAGCUGGCUUUCAUUUUUCCAGGGCUGGACCAGGUUCUCUGGGACUCUUGCCAUCAGGCACCAAUAAUGCCUGGAUUGGGACCUGUGGCUCUUCCCUCAGAGUGCUGGACCUUCAGGGGUUGGAUAUUUAUUCUGUAUCGUGGGAUUGGAGUCCAGAUGCAUGGGAAGAGAAGCCAAAUGCUCCUGCUCUCCCUCACUCCUCGCCCCCAUUAUCAGCAGAGCCCUCAUCCCAACACCCUGGCCACAGCCUCUCCUGUGUCUGCUGGGUCUCAGGACCACCCCGUGCCACACUGGGCAUGUCUUGUACCCAGAUGGAGUACAGGUGGAUGGAGUCCACCACUUAGGGUGGGGUUUAUCCACCAGAGUCAUGGCCUGCCAGCCUCCACCAGAACCUUUCCACUUUGCAGCUGCACUUCUUCCUGGUGACCAGAGUGAUGCCUUGGAGAUAAGAAAGGCCUUUAACAGAGGCUCUGUUUACUCCCUCCAUGGGAUGUGGCGGAAGAAAAACAUUCUUAGGACAGAUAACUCACCGAGUGCCCACAGACUCAAGUGAAGAGUAUACCAGACGAUUAGCCGAUGCAAUUAAUACACAAUGCUUCUAUUUUUUUGUAAUCUUGUUCAGAAGUGUCAGAUAAAAAAGGACACAGCCUACUAUCAAUAAACUUCUGCAAAAAAAAAAAUUCA